AUGCCCGCCUACCACUCCUCUUACAACGAUGAUCCCUCGGUCCGGCAAGUGGGCAACACCGCUAUCUUGCCUAUAUCUACCAAAGUGCGCGGACCGGCGCCCAUAGCAUCCGACCCUAGUCAGCCGGACAUCAUCGAAGAGGCCUUGGACCUCUUCCGAGCCAACUGUCUCUUCAGAAACUUCGAGAUCAAAGGCCCCGCCGACCGCCUGCUCAUCUACCUAAUCCUCUUCAUUUCGGAAUGCCUCACCAAGCUCGCACCCACGCCCGGAAGACCGUCUCCGGGGUAUCAAGAAGCGACCAAGGUGCUUCAAACACUCGCGGUGGACUCGUUUGCUCUGCCCGGAGACGCUGGGUUCCCGUUGAACAGCUUGUACCACGCCCCAGGAAGCCGGCCUGAUGCCGAUGCUCUUCGCUCCUACCUCACCCAGACCCGCACAGAGCUUGCCCUCCGACUCGCAGACCGCCUAUACCCACCCGAGCAGACAAUGGGGCCAGAUGGACAGCCCACCGGUCAGACGGGCGCACGAGCCGCGAAGCCAAGUAAAUGGUGGAUGAGCUUCCAGAAGCGGCGGUUCAUGGGCCGAAGUCUGGGCAGUGCAUGA